GGAGGGGAAGAGGGUGCUUCUUGUGGUGGUAAUGUCCCUACCUCCGAGAUAGAAAGCCUGGUUUUAAGUGUCGCCUGCUAAAGGGGUGUGUCAUAACAUAUUUAGAACUACUUUAUUAAAACAAAAAUCCUCUGCUCAGCACCGGCGUGCUGCGUGACCGGUCGUGGGGGUGGGUUCUGGCCGCAAUUAGGCGGCAACGCAGAUGCAACUGAGCAGUGCAGACCUCCAAGUGGGACCGUCACUCUGCAGCCAGGGGAAUGAGAGCCGCAACGUAGGGUACCAUGAGCUGCAACUUCUGUAUUAGAUGACAACUUAAAACGUGUCUAAGAAAGCGACGCGUCUUUUCCAGAAGGAGUCACGGGUAGUUUUAUUCAAUGCGAUUUUGCUGGAAACCUUGUUAACCUCCGAAGGAAACAACACUUGUGGUGAAACUCUUUGAAAUGCUGCAAUUUGUUUGAUUACGGACCCCCCUUCCCACCAUGGACUGUAGGGAGCUGUCAGUCACAGUGUACAACAAAUAUAUCUUUAAGGACUGCAUUUUGCAAUGCUGGGGAUUAUUUUUCUAGGAGUUUCAUGACCGGAAUGUUGUUGCUUCAGGUUUUGUGCGGAAAAGUUCUCCGAGCGCAGUGUUUGUAGCUGGUUUUCCACAUGGAAAGUUGAAGAUUUGUUGCAUUUCCUGCCAAAUAAUGCAGAAAUUCAGCCAAAUAAUGCAGAAAUGUUGCGCUGACAUUUGUGCAACUGGCCUCUCGUGUGGAGUUUUCUGUCCUGGUCUUCGGUUGAAGGGACGUGGGGCAAGAUCACCAAAAAAUUUCUUUGUUUUUAAACAAAAAGCAACUUUAUCUCUUAUUUUCCUGUGGCCCCGAGUAAGUAUUCGGGGGCGAUGCCUUUUGUCAACGCAGUGGCUUGCUUAAAGUUCGAGGCGAAUAUUUUUGACAGGAGCAGGUGCCAGAAUUGCUUCAAAGCUUUUCAUCUCCAUCGAAAAGACCACGGUCGCGAUGACAACCAGCUUGGCAAUCAGAACCUGCAUCUAUGUGCCAGUGCAGUUAACCAAGAAGAUCUACAGAUUAUUACCCCAGACUGCAACCUGUACUGCUGCUCCAGCCCUGAGGAGUUGAUUGCCAGCUGGAAGAUGGAGCCAAGGAUACAUAAUCACCUGACAAGUCAGUUUACAAGGAAAUGGGCCUUGGACACAGUUCCGUUUCAGCAGGCCUCUGAGCUGUCCAAUGCUGUGAUAACCAGGGGACACUCAUUGCGAGGGGAACGAAUGCUGGGGUCAAGCACCUCUGCUCUCCAAGGGGAAAGAAGGAAUUGGGACAUGAAUUCUGACAGUCCAGUGUGGAGCCAGUUGAACAACAGAAUGCACUUUCGGGGACGGUCAGAUUCAGUGGAGACUCGAGGAAAGACUGUGGCAUCAAUGGGCGGCAAGUUGGUAAGCGGAGAGCGAGUGAGCAGCCGGAAUUCGCGUAUGGAAAGUGGAUACUUCUCCUUGGAACGAACGAAACAGGACACAGUCCCCAGUCCGCGGCGGACAGUAGAGACCAAGGGUGUGAGCCAAAGCAACUCAGCUGCACUUGGCAACACAGCUGGAGGGGGAGGGGUGCUCAGCCUUGGCUGCUUGACAUCAUCGCAAAGCUCCUUUGAGUCAGAGACAAGCUGGGGAACAGGCAGUGUGGCCAGCUCAGAUGGCAGGCUCCUCCGGCAGGACUACACAGUGUUGGCUGAUAUCCCAAUGCCCAAGCGAAUCAUCAGUCGAGAGAAGUUGGAGCAGGAUUGUAAGCAGCUCGGGCAGAGGAUUCGAACACGGAGCCCGGGACGAGAGGAGGUUGAGCGCUUGUUUGGACAAGAACGUAGGCCAGUCACUGACACAUACCGAGAAUUCAGCUCUGCCAAUGUGGGAAAAGUGGGAAGAAAGUUAGCAACAUCUCAACAGUUUACUGAGGAAUCGAGAAAACGCAACAUCUAUCCGAGAAAGUUUCAACAGCAGGAGACUGAUAGAGGCCUAAAUAAACAAAUCUCUUCAAAAACACUGGAAAAUAAAGAGAAAAGUCGAUACUUAUCCCAUCAAUAUGAUAAGAUGGAUACAAAGUUUUACUCACAAAAAGAUGAGUCAAAGCUUUUCACUAAAUGCUCUCGAGUGGCCUCAGAAACGAACAAGGCAAAUGGAAGAUUUGGAAGAGGAGAAUCAAAAGCCAAUGUCAGAUAUCUUCAAUCGUCCCCUCAAAAUGGCAAGAAAAUGUUCCAAAGCACUCUGCAGGGGCACAGUCACACAAAGAUCAAUCCCAAGCCUAAGAAGAUACUAGAAGAACUGACCGAAAGCUUGGUAGAAGAGAUGGAUGGAAAAUUUUCUUCAAAGGAGGAAUCAAAGACUUACAAAGGAUAUCUUCGAUCCUCCCCUAAAAUUGACAAGAUUGAUAGAUGCUUCUUAAGUAGAAAGUCUACAAACUCACUGAACAGAGAUAUCUAUCUACAGAAUAGUGAUAACUAUGAUAAGACUAGUACAGGAUUCUCAAAUAGAACUUCUUCAAAUUCACUGAACAGAGAUGUCUAUCUACAGACUAGUGACAAGCACAAUGUGACAGAUCGAGGGUUUUCAAGUCGAAUGUCCUUGAAUUCACGAAAUAGAGAUAUUUAUACGGAGGCAUCUGAUAACUAUGAUAAGACAAAUCGAGGAUUCUCAAAUAGAACCUUCUCGAACUCAUUGAGCAGAGAUGUGCAGCGUAGUGAUAACUAUGAAAAGAUAGGUCGAGGAUUCUCAAAUAGAACCUCCUCAAAUUCACAGAACAGAGACAUACAUCGACAGAGUAGUAACAAGCCUGUCAAGCCAGAUCUCCUGAACUUCAAGAAGGGCUGGAUGUCCAUUCUCGAUGCUCGCGGUGAGUGGAAGAAACACUGGUUUGUUCUGACAGACUCCAGCCUGAGAUAUUACAGAGACAGCACAGCAGAGGAGGCCAAUGAUCUGGAUGGAGAGAUUGACUUACGAAGCUGCAAUGAUGUAACCGAGUAUCAGGUUCAACGGAACUAUGGGUUCCAGAUCCACACAAAAGAGUCCAUUUAUACCCUAUCAGCAAUGACAUCUGGGAUUCGGAGGAACUGGAUUGAGGCACUUCGAAUACAUGUUCGACCAACUACCGUACCCGACGUGACAAAGAGGAACAUUUGGAUGAAAACACCACCUCCUAAAUCCAGUUUAACAGAGAGUAACAAGGAAAACACUUUCCGUGACACUAUAGCACGAAGAAACGCAGCAAGACAGGAAGCAGCGGCCACAGCUGACAAGACCCGGCUGGAGGUCCCAUGGAGCAGCCGCAGGGCGGAGAGCCAUGAGCAGUUCGUAUCACCAGUCGAGAGCGUGGAGCUGGAGCCCGUGCAGUCAUCGCGGGUGCAGGACACUUCCAAGGCGGACGAGCUGACCUGUGAGCAGGCCCAACGGAUUGCUGAACGUAGCAAGUGGUUUGAGUCCACAAAUCUGAAUGACUGCCCAAAGAAGGGGGCAGAAUGGAGUUCCCCCCUCAUCCAAAUCCCUGAGGCCCUCGGCAAGGACAUCGAGGUGAAAUGGCAGGAGCUCGAACGUAUUCCGUUACGGGACCACAGGCAGGUCCCCAUCAUGUCCUUGCGAUCUCCCAAUCCCGCUGUCAAUGACAACAGAGUCACCGAGCAACUGAAGAAGGAGAUCUCCUCCCUGAACAUACAGCUGGAUCAGGCCAGGAGGGAGCUGGAAUCUUUCCAGGAGCAAAGCAGUCGGCUCUAUGGACAAGUAAACUCCACCGAGGGACUGAGAACACAGAUUCCAAAAGGCUUUAUCUCUCAGGAAACCUGUGAGCGUAGCUUCAGGGAGAUGGAGGAGUCCCACCAUAAAGCAAUGGAGGAACUUCAACGGCAACAUAAACGGGAGUUAGAGAAGGUCCAGCAUGACAAGGAGCGACUGUUAUCCGAGGAAACUGAUGCCACCAUCUCUGCCAUUGAAGCCGUGAAGAAAGCCCAUCGUGAGGAAUUGGAGAGAUUGCGGAGCAUUCAAAAUAUUGCAAACAACAAUGAUUUGGAGAGGCUUCGCAAACAGCACCAGGAGGAGCUGGAGUCCCUUCAGCGGGAACUGCAGGUGCUGUCUGAACAAUACUCCCGCAAGUGUCUGGAGAUUAACUACCAGGUGAAAGAGACGCAAAUGCGGGAGAGGGACCUGUCACGGAGUCAACGGGAGAAUGAGGAACUGCUUCGACAAAACCAGGAGCUGAAUGGCCAGUUAUCGGAAGAGAUUGCACGAAUCCGUGCACUUGUGACAGGAAGGAGCCAUGACAACAUUGGGAAUUUACUUGUCACAGGUGACAGAGAUACAUGUGAAUUGGAGACCUUUGAAUGCUAAAUACAGAGAUGAUUCAACUUCAAUUUGGUGCCAGACAGGCAGUAAAUGUAAUGACUGUCGUUGAACACACUGAGCUAGGCUUCUUAUCCACAUCACUCUGAUGAGCCUGAAAUAUUAAAGGACUAGCAGGAACAAAAUUCUCUGCAACUUUCUCACAAAAGGACCAUGAUGAUUGAAAGCUCUAAUUUUAUCGACUAAUUUAUUUUGGCUUCAAUAAAAGUUACUUAAAAUAAAUUUGAAUGAGUAGUUGUAAUGUCCGCACACUGUUAUCAACUGGUGGAGUGUUCAAGAGUACAGUAGAGUAUUACACCAUGUGAUGUUUAGUGUACACAACAGCAGACUGUGACCUAUCAGACCCAUACUGGCUCUUCAAGAGAACAACUCAAUUUACUCCACUGUCCUACUAUAUUCCCAGAGCCCUGCAUUUUUUUUCACUUUAUGGAAUUUCUCAAACUCCUUUUUCAAAAUUUCAAGUGAGUCUGCUUCUACUGACCUCUCAUGUAGCGAAAUGUAACUUGUUAAAAAUAUUAUUCUCAAUUCACUUCUUCUUUCAAUAAUCAUAUAGGUAUCUAUUUCAAGUAAUAAUAUAAAUUGUAAAUAGCUUAGUCCCCAGCUUUGUUUCUUGUGGUACAAUCUGCCAGCUUGAAAAUUCCUGGUUUAUCCUUAUUCUCUGUUUCCUGUUGGUUAACCAAUCCUCUAUCAAACCCAAUACAUUACCCUAACUUCCUUAGCCCUUAUCUUGGGUGUUAGCCAUUUGUCUAACGCUUUUUCAAAUGACUUUUAGAAAUCCAAGCUCUUUAUGUUCCCUCCUAGUUACAUCCUCAUAAUUUGCCAAACACAACUUUCUUCUUGUAAAACAAUUUUUUCAUUAUUUUGAUGAUAAUAUGAUUUUCUAAGUGCAUUGUUAAGAGUUCCCUAAUGUUAGAUUCCAGCAUUUCCCAUUGACUGAUGUCAGGCUAACUAUCCUGUAGUCUUCUCUCUGCCUUUUGUUUUGUAUAUCAGUGUUACAUUUGGUAAAUUCCAGUUCAUGGGAUUUUUAAAUAUAUUUAUACUUUCUCAAAAUGUGGGUGUUAUUGGCUCAGCCAAGAAUUAUUGCCCGGACCUAACUCCUCUGAGGAGAUGACAGUGAGUCAUCUUUUGGAACUUUUGCACUCCAUGGAAUAUAAGAUCUUCCAUGAUGUUGUUGGGG